AAAGAGCUGAUGGUGCUGCUAGAGCGACUCUUCCUGGGUGGGGUUUGUGAAGUUCUGACCCGUUAGCAGGAAGCUGAGCUGUCUCCCUGAGGCUAGCAGGGAUCCUAGCCCGAGCGCCUCCCCCCCCCGCCCCGCCCCGCCAUCCAUCCCGUAUCCAAGCGGUGUGCUUACGUGCUCAGUCCUGUCCUACUACUGCCGGACAAACUUCUCCAACUCUGCCACUUUUGCCGCCACCAUGCCCAAGACAAUCAAUGUGCGUGUGACUACAAUGGAUGCAGAACUGGAGUUUGCUAUUCAGCCCAAUACCACUGGCAAGCAGCUAUUUGACCAGGUGGUGAAAACUAUUGGAUUGAGGGAAGUUUGGUUCUUCGGUCUUCAGUACCAGGACACUAAAGGUUUCUCCACAUGGCUAAAACUAAAUAAGAAGGUGACUGCCCAGGAUGUAAGGAAGGAAAGCCCUCUGCUCUUCAAAUUCCGAGCUAAGUUCUAUCCUGAGGAUGUAUCAGAGGAAUUGAUCCAAGAUAUCACACAGCGUCUAUUCUUCCUGCAAGUGAAGGAGGGCAUUCUUAAUGAUGAUAUUUACUGUCCACCUGAAACUGCUGUUCUUCUGGCUUCUUACGCUGUUCAGUCCAAGUAUGCUGACUUUAAUAAGGAGGUGCACAAGUCUGGCUACCUGACUGGGGACAAGUUGCUGCCACAGAGGGUUCUGGAACAGCACAGACUCAACAACGACCAGUGGGAGGAGCGAAUUCAGGUGUGGCAUGAAGAGCACCGGGGCAUGCUCAGGGAAGAUGCUGUCCUGGAGUAUCUGAAGAUUGCCCAAGACUUGGAGAUGUAUGGUGUGAACUAUUUCAACAUCAAGAACAAGAAAGGCUCAGAGCUGUGGCUGGGGGUAGAUGCCCUGGGUCUCAAUAUCUAUGAGCAAAAUGAUAGACUGACUCCAAAGAUUGGCUUUCCCUGGAGUGAAAUCAGGAAUAUCUCUUUCAAUGACAAGAAAUUUGUCAUCAAGCCCAUUGACAAAAAAGCCCCGGAUUUUGUUUUCUAUGCUCCCCGGUUGCGGAUUAACAAGCGAAUUUUGGCUUUGUGUAUGGGGAACCAUGAGCUAUACAUGCGCCGCCGCAAGCCUGACACCAUUGAGGUACAACAGAUGAAGGCACAAGCACGAGAGGAGAAGCAUCAGAAGCAGAUGGAACGUGCUCUGCUAGAAAAUGAGAAGAAGAAGCGUGAGUUGGCAGAAAAAGAAAAGGAAAAGAUUGAACGGGAAAAAGAAGAACUCAUGGAAAAGCUGAAACAGAUUGAGGAACAGACUAAAAAGGCUCAACAAGAAUUGGAAGAACAGACCCGCAGGGCACUGGAACUUGAACAGGAGCAAAAACGUGCCCAGAGUGAGGCUGAGAAACUAGCCAAGGAGCGUCAAGAAGCUGAAGAGGCUAAGGAAGCCCUGUUACAGGCUUCCCGAGACCAGAAGAAAACACAGGAACAGCUGGCUUUGGAAAUGGCAGAGCUGACCACACGGAUCUCCCAGUUGGAGAUGGCCCGAAAGAAGAAGGAGAGUGAGGCUGUGGAAUGGCAGCACAAGGCUCAGAUGGUACAAGAGGACUUGGAGAAGACUCGAGCUGAGCUAAAGACUGCUAUGAGUACCCCUCAUGUAGCAGAGCCUGCUGAAAAUGAGCAAGAUGAACAGGAUGAGAAUGGGGCAGAAGCAAGUGCUGACUUGAGGGCUGAUGCCAUGGCCAAGGAUCGCAGUGAAGAGGAACGUACCACUGAAGCAGAGAAGAAUGAGCGUGUGCAGAAGCACCUGAAGGCGCUUACUUCAGAGCUGGCUAAUGCCCGUGAUGAAUCCAAGAAGACUACCAAUGAUAUGAUUCAUGCUGAGAACAUGAGACUAGGCAGAGAUAAGUAUAAGACCCUGCGCCAAAUUCGUCAGGGCAACACCAAGCAACGCAUUGAUGAGUUUGAGUCUAUGUAAUGAGCAUUCAACUUCUGUGGAACCUGCCCUCCAUUCUUCUUUGCCCCUUUACUCCCAUAUUUUCACCUAUCUCACACUGUGCUAGAGCUACUAAUUAGAAUAGUCUUGGAGUCAUGGCAAAUAUUCAUUGUGAUUAUGGGUCACUCACUUCCCUGUGCAGAAAUAUAGUCCACCAUAGUACAAUGGGAUUCUCUUUUCCAUCUCUAUCUUGUGUAAUCUAGCUUGCUAAGAGAGGCCACUUUUACAUUGCAUGUAUACUUCUCAUUUAAUAUGGGAAGCACACCUUCAUUUACUGUUGUUCUGCAAUAGUCAAGUGUGGAAUAAACUACCUUCAAACCAGCUCUACCACUGCUUUCCUCUUCUAAUUAGUAAAAUUUGAUUAUCACUAGAUUUGGAAGGAGGAAGGACCUUGUUAUAUCAAAUUACUUAAGAUUAGUCUUCCCAGUAUUCAUCCCUUAUAGAAUCACUUGAGCUUUGUAAUGAUUGGAGGUUUAAAAUUGUUCAUUAUUAUGUCUCAGUUUAGAGUUAUUAUAAACUCAGUCCCUGUAACCCUUGUUCCUGAAUUAAGGACAGUUGAGACAGGGGAAACACCCUAGAAGUCACUGACUCUUCUAAAUAGGCAGAGAGCUAUGUUGAAGAUUCUAUUUAAAUGCUUUAUGGAGGCCUGGGCCUCUUUUAAGUGAGUACUAUGGGCUGGCUUCUUCCAUUUUUGGGAUCUGCCCCUCCCCACUUCAAUUUGCAAAUUUCUUCAUGCUAGAACAGUAAUGUUUGUUAUCCUAAAACUCCAUUCCACUCUACCCAGGACUCUUACCACUGGGAGAAAAUAUUCACACCUGACUUCUCUAAUAAGAGAUAACUGGAACACAGAUACUUCUUCAGGGAUAUCCAUGUUUAAUGUCAGUUCACUUCAUCCCUGUAUCUAUAGAAGAUGCUGAGCAUUGUGAGAGGUAUUCAUGUGCUGGAUCCCAUAGUUCGCUUCAUCCCCUCUGGUACCUUGGUACCUAAUUAUUCCUGCCUAUCACCCCAUCCAAGGUGGUGACUAUGCCUUGACUUUGUUAACAGACUUCUAAAUCAAGUGUUGCCACCAGCAGUGAUAUAGCCAGAGGUAAAAUCAGAGCAAAUCAGAGCUGAUGGGGUUUCUGACCUGGACUUUUCCACACCCUCAAUCCAUAUCCAGCCAUUUCCUUCAAUCUUUUAGGUGUGAUUUUUUUUCUAUUAGUAUUAUAAAAUUUAGUGGAAUCUAACUCAAUAUUGGUUUCUUCAUUUCUGCUAUUUCUCCUUUAGAAAAUAUGGAGUUAAAUAAUUUCUCCUCAUUUCUUACCACUGCCACACUUGAGAAACAUAUUAUAGAAGGCUAUAUUAUAGAAGAAUAUUUUAUCAAAUACAUCAUUGUAAUAAGAAACUUUCAUUACUAGUAAGGUCACUUAUCACCAAAGAUCAAGCAUCCAUCAUAAAGUAACUGGUGUUUUGUUUUACCCUUCCUUUUUUUGGUCUUCUUCAUAUGUCACUUUCUCCAUAUGUCACCUUUAACCAUACACCCCUCUAUGCAGUACUUCCAGUCCAGAACUCACUUACUAUUCCAUCUCUCCCCACCUCCAUUUGAUCUUGAGGUGUCUUGUACAUAUUUCUGUGAAUUAUAAUGAUACUUUCUUGGGGAUAUGCUCUAAAUUGGCUAAGUUCAGAUAUGGAAUUGUGGGUCAGUUUAGCUGAGGUUUGGGAGAGCUGUUAUAUUUUGCAUUCAGUUUUUCUUGUGUGUACUAUUUGUUUUUAAAAAUCAUUGUGGAGGGGCUUAUGUUCAAACCAUGUUCUCUUUCAAUGCAAAUAAAGUUUAAGAAACCUUCA